GGCAGAUCGCUCGGCUCGUGUGGUGUCAAUGUUUCUGAAGGCUGCAGACAUCGGUCACGCUGGAAAGCCGCUGGAAAUCACUCGUCGAAUGACGAUUCGCAUCCACAUGGAGUUCUUCGCACAAGGUGAGGAGGAAAGAGAGUUGGGCCUUCCUAUCUCCCCACUGUGCGACCGGAACGAGGUAAACGUGGCCGGGUCCCAGGUUGGAUUCCUUCACCAUUUAGUGAUUCCACUCUACAAGGCGGUGCACUUUUUCGUGACCAGCGAUGAAUUCUUGAACGACUGUCUGAAUCGAUUGGAGGCCAAUCUCAGUCACUGGCAGUCCAGCAACCCUUGCGUGUGCACGGAUGACAUCCCCGACAAGCGCAGCUCCUGUGACUCUACAGUGGCGUCGCGUGGCGUUUUCCCGCAAGAGCAGAUCGUAAAGCUGAUCAAUGGGUUUGAGUAGCGAAAGGUAGAGGUGGCCUUGCUGUGACUCGGGUGAGUAACAUUUGCCCAAGGGGCAAAGUCGAAACGUGCCGAUUUUUGAAUUCAGAUGUGGCAGUGAGCAUGCUACUGCUGCUCUUUUUCGGAUGCUUCCGACAUUUUCAAGACUGCCGCCUGGAUUUUGAGAAGAGUAGUAAGCUCACAUUUUCCUGGUGAAAGACA